UGACGUUCGUGAGAUUUUUAUUAUUAUUGGAGUGAAAUAAUUUGUCUACCUAGUUCAUGAAAAAUCAUGUUUUUAGUGAAUAAAACCGAUAGUUAACUACAAUUGGUAUACCGCAACUCUUGAAACACCACAGUAUGGAUUCCGAGGAACUAGAGGAAUCGCCAUCAGAGUUUUCUGCAAGUGAAGACGAAUGGAGUCCGCAAAAAGUUGGUGUUUCACCGACGAAAGAUAAAACUUUCAACGCAAAACACAGAAGUCAAUCAAACAGUGGAAAAAGUACGUCAAAAAAACUUCCACUAAAACCAACACGAAUCUCCAGAAGAAUAGCCACCCGUUUGGGAAAGCCGCUCUCUGAUCACGAGACAGAUUCAGAUUCUGCUGCACCAGCAGCAGAGAUUCAAUCAGAGGAAUCGUAUUCCUCCGAAGAAGAACCACCGAAGAAGCGUCCCACCAAGCGGCGUGUUAACAAGUCCUGCACCAGUCCGAAGAAACCCAUUAAGCUAACCACAUUCACUGUGGAGCAGUUGUAUAAAAAAUAUCGGCCAGAUUUGGCAGCUAGUUCCUCCAGGAAAACUUCGGCUGUUAAAAGAAAGGCUGAGAAACCUAAGCCGCAGGAAGACGAUAGCAGCGGGGACGAUUAUCUGAUGGAUCCAGAUGAACUGGAUUUGGAUUCGGAAUUUUUCAACCCAAUUGAGACUACUUGUAAAUCGGAUGUGGUUUUCGAUUGCAAUGCCGGUUUGGCUGUGGGCCAGUCUGAUGAUGAGGAUGAAAAUCAACCACUGAGCAGCGUCAAAAAGUUAGAUGAAAUUUGUUUGGAUAUAAACCGAAAACUUAUCAAGCAAAUAAGUGAAGCUGGGUGUAAUUUAAUAAAUUCGGCUGAAGCGUCAGAAGUCUCGCAGGGUCGUAAAGUCGAGCAGAAUCUAGAAGAACAAAAUGUCUCGAAUCUCUUGCUGGCAGGGGAGAGAAACAAUCUUAAAAAGGCAAUCCUAACGUCUGGUGGAAAUAACUCAGUUUCCGUAGAAAAAAAUCAAUCACAGGAUCAAGAAAAAGUAGUAGAAUUUACCAUCCGAACUAAACCGCUUGAGCCGAGUAAACCGCAAAAGAAGAAGGUAGAUUUGUUGACUGCCAUUAAACGACUGAUGAAUCGCGAGAAGCGCCAAAAUCAAAUUUAUUUACACAAGGUGUCGGUACUUUGCUGGAUAGGUCACGGAACAUUUUUGAACAAAACACUGACCAAGAGUGAUUUGCAGGAACAAAUCACAAAAAAGCUUCUGCCAUCUCCUAACUGCCGACCGAAAGGUCGCACAAAUUUACUUUAUUUCGAGCAAAUCACACGGUACUUUCGAAAAGUCAUUAAACUGAGAAACAACGAAUGGCAUUUUCGUUCUAGCAGCACUAAUUGUCCACCGUUGGCGGCAAUGCUGAAAUAUCAGAUAUUGAAGAAAACUGCAUUUUCGAAGCGGGAUUAUAUUUUACUAUUUUUGUUGAUGUUGCGCUCAUUGUGUAUUCACAGCCGGUUAGUGAUGUCUCUGGUGGUGCCAGCGAAGCAGGUGUCCCCAAAAGAUUUUUAUCGUAUGACAGCGCAAAGUUCUCACGAUUUGGAAGCAGAUCGGCGUUUGUUGAUGGAGUUUCACCGUGCACCCAAGCACAGUACCAUUUUCAAGGUGAAGGAGAAGCUUGCCACUUUAGUCAAAAAAGAUUCCGAUGAAAUACGGAGUAAAGCUAGUAAAAGAAAGCGUCUCAUGCGUUCUAUGGCUUCCAUUCCCCAGCUGGAUGGUAGUAAUGACAUCGUCGAAUCUAAAGCUUCCAAGGGUAGCGGGCUGAAAUUAAUGCAGGAAUCUUUUUUGGAUGUCGAACAAAAAGUUAAUUCUAAACUUCCCAAGCGACAGAAAAAAACGGAAGAACCAGCUUUUUCCGAAGGCUUAGAUGAGACGGUCCGGCGACGCAGGGAAAAAAUACUGGCAGCUUAUCGAGCUUCCAAGGAACAGCGGGUGUGGCAGCAGACAUCUAGUGAAGAUCAGUAUGUCGAGUCUCACAGUAACAAAGAAGGAAAACUGAAAAAAGCUCGCCGUAAUCGACCAGGUGUGGAUAUGUGGGUAGAAGUGUACUGUGAGCUUGAGGAUAAGUGGAUUUCGAUCGAUGUACUUUCCGGAAAGGUGCACCGUUUGGAAGAUGUGGUGAACGCCGCUUCGCAACCGAUCACGUAUGUGCUUGCGUGGAACAAUGACGGUACGAUCAAAGACGUUUCUCCUCGUUACAUUUCCCGCUUGGGAACCAAGAAGAGCAAGCUUCGAGUAGACGACGCAUGGCUGGAAGCGACGCUCAGCCCAUAUCGUAUUCGUCGUGCAACGCGUCGCGAUCGCAGCGAGGAUUUAAAGUUCGAUAAACUGCUCAACAAACGUCCGUUCCCAGAGCAGAUAGCCGAGUAUAAAAAUCAUCCUCGCUUUGCACUAGAACGUCAUUUGCUGCGACAUGAAGCCAUCUACCCGAGGGAUGCAGUCGUGUUGAGUCACAUCAAAGGUGAACCUAUCUAUCCGAGGGAUUGCGUGCAUGCGUUACUCUCAAGGGAAGGUUGGCUGCGGCAAGCGAAAACGGUGAAAUUGUAUGAAGAACCAUACAAAGUGGUUAAAGCCAAAGCCCGACUCGACCGAUACACAAGAAUAUCGGUUAGUGGUGGACAAACCGAACUGUUUGGAGCCUGGCAGGUUCAGGAUUAUGAACCACCGGUAGCGGAAGAUGGCAAGGUACCUAGAAGUGCCUACGGCAAUGUGGAACUAUUCAAACCUUGUAUGCUGCCGAAGGGAACUGUGCAUCUGCAGUUGCCAGGGUUGAACAAAGUCUGCAAACGGAUGCGGGUGGAUUGUGCGUCCGCUAUUACCGGGUUUGAGUUCCGAAAUGGAGCUUGCCAGGCUAUUUACGAUGGGUACGUUGUUUGUGAGGAAUUUCGCGAUCAGGUAAUUGAUGAGUGGUACCAGGACCAGGUCGAGCUGGAGCGCAAACAUGAUGAGAAGAUCAGAAAGCGAGUUUACGGCAACUGGAAGCGGCUUAUUGUUGGCUUGUUUAUAAGGAAGAAGCUUAAGGAUCGAUAUAAUUUUGAUAAUUUUUAGAUAUGUGUCUUUGAAAUAUGUUAUGUUACAGAGCAUAAAUUGUAUAAAUGUUAUUUUUAAUUAAUAAGCUAAGAGUAAUGUAAAAAUGGGCGUUCAACGAGAUUCUAUUAAAUAGAGCAAAUUUAUUAGCCACACAA